AGUCUGCAUGAACUCUAGCUUUCAGAUAACAUUUCAAAAGAGAUAUAAACUACGGCAUAUAAACUUUUAGAGCUUAAUACUGAAAUAUGGUAUCAAAUGAGGACAUCAUACUUAACUAGCUGUAUUUCUUUAGAAAGUUAUAAUCCUAUUUAAGAGAAUCAUUACGCAUCAAAACAUGGACGUAUUGAUUAGCAAUAACUAGUUUCAAAUUCGAAAAUGGAAAAAGACCGUUUAAGUUCGGAUGUACUGGAAAGCGGACAAAAUGGAGUAUCUUUUAAAUACAGCCUAGACGCCACAAGUGGUGAGGAAAAUAUCUCUUCUGCUAGUGCUACUGAAGGUGAGGAACUAGUUGCAGAUGCGAAGGAUGAAACUAAUGAAAAAGAAAAACAUUUCAACAAUGACCAAAAAGAGACCGGUGCAAUCGCUCAUGGCGAAGAACAUUUUGCUGAAAGACAUGAUCAGGACAAAGUUAAUGUUCUAGAGGAAACAACAGACAAUAAUAAUAUGGACGGCGUUGAGCUGGAAAAAGACAGUUCGCGCGAAACCCUAGACGACGAUCAUGACAAACCAUAUGACGCUAACACGGUCAAGAUAGUCAUUGGACAUUCUAGACAUAGCCGCACACACCAUGAUGAUCUUACACGCUCGAAGCAUAAGAAGCACAGACAUCCAUUCGAUGUGUUUACAGUUUUGCUGAAACGUUUGAAGAAAGACUCGGAAUACAGAAUUCGUUUUCUGCAUACACUUUUUGUUAUCUGGAUGUUCAUAACCCUGGGCUGGGUGGUGUCAGUGGUGGGUUCCACGUUUCCCGACCUUCGGCUCAUCAUCAACAAAGACCUGGACACGGCGUCCUGGAUAUUUACCGGAGGGUCCAUCGGGUAUAUGACCGGGGCGUUUGUGUUUGGGCUGUUGUUUGACAGACUUAACCGCAUGUUGGUGAUGGUAGCGGUCACAACUCUGUCAGGCUUUGCAAUAGCUGUCAUGCCGUGGUGUAGUACUUUCCCUUGGUUGGUCGUUAUAAACGUUGUCAGCGGUUUCUUCACCGGAGGAAUAGACGUUUGUGGCAACUCGCAUAUUGCCUCGAUCUGGGGGGUUCAGGCCGCCCCCUACAUGCAGAGUAUCCACUUCGGCUUCAGUGCCGGCGGCUUCAUCGGUCCACAGACAGCAAAACCGUUCGUGGCUCCUGUGACAUGCGUGCCGACAAACGAAACAUACAACAACACAACAGAAAAAACGUGUGUCGACAUUUACGGGGAAACACAUAUUCAUUGGACGUAUUUGAUAGUUGGGAUUGGGUCUUUAUCCGCUGCUGUGCCCUUUUUAAUUCUGUAUUGCUUGUCAGGAAGCCAUAAUACUUACAUAACUACUUUCAUGGAAAACAAUGAAUUAAGCAAAAAGAACAUUCCAAUAACUUUGCCCGAUUUAUCAUUGAAAAAGAAAGUUCUCUUUGUGUCUGCUCUUACGCUGCUAAUCAGUUCUUACGCAUGUACCGAAGGCAGGUAUUCCAGCUUGAUAACAUCUUUCAAUGACGAGUACUUAAAAUGGCCUAAACAAGAAGGCCUUGACCUCGCGUCUGUCUUCUGGGGCGCGUUUGCUGUUGGGCGUUUCAUUAGCAUUCCGAUAUCGCACUAUUUAAAACCAAGCAAUAUGAUACUGGUAUACUUGAUUGUUCUAACCUUGACCUUCAUAGCAUUUCUUUUUGCCUCAAUUCAUGACAUAGUUGGGCUUAUAUGGACGUGUAGCGCUCUUGCAGGUCUUAGUAUGUCCGCCAUCUUUCCUGCAAUAUUUACGUGGACAGCGGAGAGCAUUCUGCACGUGACGGGAAAGAUAUCAGCUACCUACCUUGUCGGUGUCUCCGUUUUUAACAUGCUUAUGCCGCUUUUGUAUGGGUACCUGAUGGAACAUGUGAACUUGCUGUAUUUUGCGUAUUUGCUUAUUGCUCAAUGUGUGUUCUCGUUUGUGAUUUAUGUAAUAAUCAGACUUAUGAUAAAGUUCUAUAUCCAGCCAGUGACGCUCGAAAACGAAAAGGACAAGGUUUAAAAUACUUUGUAUUUGUAUAGAUCUCUGGAUUUGUUUGUAAUGAUCUCGAAACAAAUACAAUGCAGUCUGUUUAAAUACAAUCGUAACAAUUCGGCCAUCUCCGGCAAGCUUCGGGAUAUCUGUUAAAUAAUGACCGAGAUGUUCCGAUUGGUGUAAAAUGUGCGAAAAGCAUACAAGUGCUAACUUUUGAAAAGGUGAUGGGGUUAAAAUAUCAGACAGUAUAAGCAAAGGACUUGUUUGCCUGACAAAGUUUGCUUAUACAUUUGGUUGAGUAGUAAGCUAGACUGUGUUUAACCGGUGCUUAAUGUUAUGUUAUCUUCGGAAAUUACAAAACAAAAAAAUCGUGAUUGAUUUAUUUUUAUCAACAUUAAACCUGAAUAACCAUUUGUUCCACAGAUAAAACAGUUAUAUCUAAAUACUGAGUACGAGAGAAUCCCAGAAUAUCGAAGACAAUUGCUAUUGCAUAGCGUUUAAAGUCCGAUUAUAUAUGGAAUUUGGUGAAUUAAUUUAUAAAUGAUAUCUGCAAUCGUGCGCAUUUUUUAAUGAAUAUGAAUUUAUGAUAAUACUAAACACUGACAAAGGUGUGUAUGUUUAAUCUACAUUAUUUUAUACAAUCCGGCGCACACCAAAAUAAGUCACAGCGUGACCUUGACAAAUAUCCAUCAUAUGGAACUGUGCAGUGUUAUAUUUUUGUGUAUUUUCAUUUACAGAAAACCAUUUUACUACACGUGUCAUACAAGUGUUUUAUAUAUGCAAUGUAAGGGUUAUUGCUCUCUAAAGUCUAUUCAAAAUUUAUUACCGCCAAACUUCGGUUGUUGUCAAUAAAAGUGUUUGCUA